AUGCCAAGCAGCGUAAAUUCUUUCCGAUCGACAUCGUCUUUGACAUAUUUACCAUCACCAGUAACACAGCGAACAUGUAUGACUGCUGCUGUGAAACGCUACCGCUACUUGCGGAAAUUAUCGAACUUUAAACAAAUGGAUUUUGAGUUUGCACUAUGGCAAAUGACGUUUUUGUUUAUCAACCCACAGAAAGUAUAUCGAAACUUUCAACACAGAAAAGAAACUAAACUACAAUUUGCUCGCGAUGACCCUGCAUUUUUGGUGCUUUUAAGCGGACUUCUAUGUGUUUCAUCAAUAGCAUUUACUUACGUUCUAAGACUUGGUUUUGUUGAAUUUUUAAAAUUUCUAUUAUAUAUUGUAACAGUGGACUGUUUGUUAUCCGGUGUCGUAAUAAGUUCAGUGUUAUGGUUAGUAGCCAACAGAUAUUUAAUUAAGUCCAACUACAAAGGACAAGAUGUUGAAUGGGCUUAUGCAUUUGAUAUACAUUUAAAUGCUUUUGUGCCAACAUUAGUAAUAUCUCAUAUAUUUCAAUUGUUUUUCUAUCACAUAUUUCUCAGACACGAUUGGUUCUUACCAUUAUUUAUUGGCAACACGCUAUGGCUUAUAGCAAUUGGUUAUUACCUGUAUAUAACAUUUUUAGGAUACAGCUGUUUACCCAUCUUGCAAAAAACUGAAGUAUUGUUAACUCCAUUUAUUCUGCUAUUUUUUUUAUAUAUAUUGUCAUUUGCAAUAAAUUGGAAUAUAAGCGACAAUGUCAUGUCCAUAUACAAAUAA